AUGGAAACUGGAGGAUCAACGAUGCUUCUAUCUGAGGUAAUUCGCUGUGUCCUCAACGAAGUCAGCAUCCAAUUCAAUUUGUGGCUCACCGGAACUGCCAAGCUCCAGGUGUGUCUUGUAGAUGAAUCGACGCCUUCCCUGCUCGAUUGUCAAUCAGCUGCUGCUGGUCCUGUAGUGGUGGAUCUGCCCAGGAUUGAGAGGCCAUUUCGAAUUGCGCUUAGAGCGGAAUCGCCAGACCAAGGAAUGGUUAUUGUUGAUGACAUCAAAGUCCAGGUAAGUCUUGGGAUCAAGACUAAUCAUAACCGAACGCGGUGUUUGGCAGGGUAGAG